AUGAGUGUAGAUCAGCCAGGCGCGGAGCCAGCACCCGGCAAGAGGGCGCGGUCGAGUGUGCUGGACCCACCGGAAUCUGCAAAGAUGUCAGGGCUAGCAGAAGACGAGAGGCAGCAGGCAGCGGCAAGAAUUGUAAAUUUUCCCCAAAUUACCAAACCUUUUUCCUCAAUCUCACUUAUUCUUGCUCCAAAUUCACACCACAGACUUCAGGCAUCAGACUUUUGGACCGAUUAUGGAAGAUUUUUUCAACCGAAACAAAAGUGCAUACCCAAUUCUUCUAUUUCUAGUUGUGGAUCUAGUCCCGCCAUUGAUUCUAGUCGAGCACAAGAGUUAUUGGAUAACACAAAGAAAUCUCGGGCUCAAUUUAAUGUGGAUGAUCUUGUAUCUUAUCCAGGGAUACGCCCCCCUAUCGAAUCAUAUGAUCCUAAUAUUAGAGAUGUUAGGAUGGCAUACUUGGAGAAGGGUCCUUGUCAACCAUAUGAACAUGAUUUUCCAAGAAGACCGAUGGGGAAUGAUAAUAGAUGUUUUCGGAAAGAAUGGUUCUCCGAAUUUCAUUGGUUGGAAUACAGUAUAGAAAAGGAUGUGGCGUAUUGUUUGCAUUGCUACUUGUUUAAACCUGAUAGAGGGGGUCAAGGGGGUGGACAUAUAUUUAUUAAGACCGGCUUUAGGAAUUGGAAGCACAAAAAGACAUUGAAAGAUAAUGUGAGUCUCUUUGAUAGUUCUCGUAAUCAAGCUUUUGCAAAGUGUACCAACUUGAUCAAUCAAAAGCAAAGUAUCUCUUACAUUAUUUCUAGCCAAAGUAGUAGUCAACAACAAAGUUAUAGGACCAGGUUGACUGUGGUGCUAGAUUGUACUAGACUCCUCUUGAUGCAAGGAUUGUCAUUUUGUGGUCACGAUGAAUCAAAAGAGUCUCUUAAUAGAGGAAAUCUAAUUGAGUUAUUGAACUGGUAUGUAGCUCGUUGUAAGGAAAUUAAAGAAUUAUUAUUUAGUAAUGCUCCUGGAAAUGACCAAGUGACUUCACCAACCAUCCAAAAGGAUUUGAUUAAUUGUUACGCCGUAGAGACGACAAGGGCUAUUAUCAAUGAGAUUGGUGAUUCUUUGUUUUCAAUUUUAGUUGAUGAGGCUCGUGAUAAUUCUGCGAAAGAACAAAUGGCAGUUGUUUUAAGGUUUAUUGAUAAAAGUGGGCGAGUGAAGGAGCGUUUUUUGGGUAUAUCCCAUGUCACUAAUACUUGUGCCCAAUCAUUGAAGGAUGACAUUGAUGCAAUAUUUUCUACACAUGGGUUGAGUAUAUCUAGUCUGAGAGGUCAAGGCUAUGAUGGAGCAAGUAAUAUGUCAGGUGAGUUCAAUAGGUUGAAAGCUUUAAUUCUUAGAGAUAACCCACAUGCUAUGUAUGUUCAUUACUUCGCUCACCAGCUUCAGUUGGCAAUUGUAUCUGUGGCAUGUAGGAAUUGUAUGGUUGAUGAUUUUUUGGACGUACUUGCUAUUAUUGUGAAUUUGGUUGGUGCAUCAUGUAAGCGUGUAGAUGCUCUUCGAACAAGAUAUCAAGCUAAUAUUCUGGAGAAGCUUAAUAUUGGGGAACUUACUGGUAGAAGUGGUCAGUUUCAAGAAAUGAGUUUAGCACACCCAGAUGUUCUUGAGAAUAUAUCAGAAGAUGGCAUACAUUCAGAUCAAAAAUCUUUGGCCUUAAGACAGAUGAACAAUAUGCAAGAUUUUGAGUUUAUGACCUUUUACAAGCCUUACAGAAAAAGAUCAGGAUAUUCAGAAUGCUAUGAGGUUAUUGAAUUUGUGCUGCUCACCUUGGCUUUGAUAUUACCUGUGGCAACUGCAAGUGUUGAAAGGGUAUUUUCUACUAUGAAUCUAAUCAAGAGUGAUUUGCGCAACGAAAUGGGUGAUGUCUGGUUGAAUGACAAUUUGGUGAUUUACGUGGAGAAAGCUAUUUUUAAACAACUUGAGAAUGAGGCAAUAUUGCAAAGUUUUCAAAUCAUGAGACCUCGUAGAAUACAGUUGUCUAAGUUUGCAGUUACAGAGUAA